ACCUUAUAAGGACCGAGAGCAAGAUGGCGGACCGAAAGCCUGUGUCUUCAUAGGCCUGAACGGGAAAUGGAAUUACAGGAAGUAUAUCCAUAAAUACCUCAAAGAUUCAUCUUUUCUAAAGCACACGAACCGUAAGUCGAGUUUGGAGCGAUGGAGUGUGACCUGAAGUGAAGAUUGAAGAGGUGCUAGAAGAUGGACGACUACUGCUAUGCUAAGAUGGCGACGUCAUGUCAAAGAGAAAGUGAAAGACAAUCAACAACUUCCAGCAAAUCACCAACUGAGAUAAAGACGAAAAGUGCAAGUAAAGAUGUGGAACAGCUGAUUGGUCAUCCAGAAGAACUUACCCCUCAGCCGCAAGGGGAAUGUUCCACUUUGAAGGAGGAGGAUCCACAUUCCCCUCACAUUAAAGAGGAAGAGGAGGAGCUUUGCAUCACUCUCGGAGCGGAGGAAGCUGAUCUCGCCAGGUUGCCACUGACGGUUGUCUCUGUCAAGACUGAAGAUGAUGAAGAGAAACCACCUGAGACCUUUCCUUGGUCGUUCCCUGCCAACGUCCAGCAGCUGAUUGGUCAUCCAGAAGAACUUCCUCCUCGUCAGCAGGGUGGGGACUUCACUUGGAAGCAGGAGGCUUCACAGCCACCCGACCUAAAACAGGAAGAGGAGGGAGGGUGCCUUCUGGAGCCAGAGGAAGCUGAUCUCACCAAGUUACAACUGAUUGUUGUCUCUGUGAAGACUGAAGAUGAUGAGGAGAAACCUCAACCAGACAACCUCCUAGCUCCACUUUCAGAUAGUGAGGUUGAAGACGGGGUUGAAAAACCUUUGAGCAGCGAUACAGACUGUGAAGGUGAUAUGAGGACUCAAACUGACGACACAAACUCUAAAAACCAUUUGAGCUGCUCAGAGUGUGCGAAAAGCUUUAUGAAAAAGAGUAAUUUGAUCCAACACAUGAGAAUACACACAGGAGAAAAAACAUUUAAUUGUUCAGUUUGUGGUAAUAGCUUCACUCAAAAAGGAAAUUUGAGUCAACACAUGAAAACGCACACAGGAGAAAAAACAUUUAAUUGCUCAGUUUGUGGUAAAAGCUUUUCUUUAAAGUGCAAUUUGACUCAACAUGUGAGAAUGCACACCGGAGAAAAACCAUUCAAUUGUUCAGUUUGCGGUAAAAACUUUUCUAUGAAGGGCAGUUUGACCGCACACACGAGAACACACAGUGGUGAAAAGCCAUUUGGUUGUUCCGCUUGUAGCAAAAGCUUUUUUCGAAAGGGCAGUUUGACUCAACAUAUGAAAAAGCACACUGGAGAAAAGCUAAUUUAUUGUUCAAUAUGCGGUAAAUGCUUCAUCACCAACAGCCAUUUGACUGAACACAUGAGAAAGCACACCGGAGAGAAACCAUUCAGCUGCUCAGUUUGCAGUAAAAGCUAUACUCAGAGAAGCAAUUUGUCUGAACAUAUGAGAACACACCGGAGAAACAUCUGUGAGUUGUUCAGUUAGCGGUAAAACGUUUCUUCAAAAUGGAGACACUGUGAGACUUAAAAGAACACACGGGAGAAAAAACAAUCAGCCCUUAAUUUUGUGUCCAAAAUAAACUCAAAGGAACAUUUUUUUUGAGAGAAUAAAAUGAUUAGUAGCUCAGGUUUUGACUACACUGUCUUCACAAAGUUUGACAGAAUAGAAUAGAAUAGAAUAGAAUAGAAUAGAAAGUACUUUAUUGAUCCCUGGGGGAGUACCACAGUUCGCUCACAAUGGACAAUAAUAAUAAGAAAUAAUAUAAUUUAUGUCAUAUAUUAUAUAUAUAUAAUAUGUAAUAUAUGAAUAAUAUAAAUAUAUUCUACAUAUAUUCUACAUUUAAAGGCUUACUGAAACUAGAUGUUCUUAUUUAAACGGGGAUAGCAGGUCCAUUCUAUGUGUCAUACUUGAUCGUUUCGGGAUAUUGCCAUGUUUUUGCUGAAAGGAUUUAGUAGAGAACAUCGACGAUAAAGUUUGCAACUUUUGGUCGCUAAUAAAAAAGCCUUGCCUGUACCGGAAGUAGCAGACGAUGUGGGCGUGACAUCACGGGUUGUGGAGCUCCUCACAUCUGAACAUUGUUUACAAUCAUGGCCACCAGCAGCGAGAGCGAUUAGGACCGAGAAAGCAACGAUUUCCCCAUUAAUUUGAGCGAGGAUGAAGGAUUUGUGGAUGAGGAAAGUGAGAGUGAAGGACUAGAAGGAAAAAAAAAAGACGAGGGCAGUGGGAGCGAUUCGGAUGUUAUUAGACACAUUUACUAGGAUAAUUCUGGAAAAUCCCUUAUCUGCUUAUUGUGUUAGUAGUGUUUUAGUGAGAUUAUAUGGUCGUACCUGAAAGUCGGAGGGGCGUGGCCACGGGUGUGGUGACCACCAAUGUCUCUGAGGGAAGCAACGUUUCUCGACGAGGCAAGGCAGCCGGACUGAGAUUUUUUUUUUUCCCCCUCCUCCAUGGUGUAAGCAUCUGGCGGCCGGUGGAAGGAGGCAGCUGCAGAAGGGACGACGCAAGCUCUCCGCUCAUGUCUAUGGUAAGAGCUGACUUAAUACCACAGUUUUCUCACCGAAACCUGCCGGUUGACACGUGUUAGGGAACCAUGUUCGCUUGGCCGCUCUGUUCCAUAGUAAAGCUUCACCGUCAUCUUUCGGGAAUGGAAACAAGGAAACACCGGCUGUGUUUGUGUUGCCAAAGGCGGCCGCAAUACACCGCUUCCCACUUACAGCUUUCUUCUUUGACGUCUCCAUUAUUAAUUGAACAAAUUGCAAAAGAUUCAGCAACAGAGAUUUCCAGGAUACUGUAUAAUUAUGCGAUUAAAGCAGACUACUUAUGGCUGUGAUCGGUGCUGGAUCAAAAUGUCCGCUACAAUCCGUGACAUCACGCGCACGCGUCAUCAGACCGUGACGUUUUCGAAGGAGUGAUUAAUGAAACACUGAAGUGUUGUGAGCGUAUAUUUAAGGUUUAGCGGCAAAAAUACAAGGCAGCUCAUCAAACACAGCAGCAACCUUUCUCUGGUUUUUUAUUGCUUUAUCAUUAAUUUAAAUUGUUUUAUGUACUUUAUUGGGAACUUUGAAAUAACAUGAACCAAAAUCCCUCAUUUAGAGUUAGAAUGAUACUAAGAUACACCACAAAAUGGAUGGUGGAGUUCUCCUCACUUUCCCUUAUAAUAGUCUCAGGCCCUUAUUUUGGUGGCUGCAUGCAUUUGAAUGGCAUAAAAAAUAUUGUUUAACUUGAAAAAAAACUCUGUUUCCGUGGAAUAACAUGCAAUAAAAAAGUGUGUUUUACAAA